AUGUCCAUUUUUAUGGUGUUGCUGGUAAUUGCCGGCGUCGUGGCCGGCGUGCUUACCUCCUCACACCCGCUGCCAAAGUCGUCUGUUGUGGACUUGGGGUACGCGCGGUACCAAGGGGUGUCCCUGUAUAACGGUGUCGACGAGUACCUGGGCAUGCGCUUUGCCAAGCCGCCUUUGGAGGAGCUGCGGUUUCGAGGACCGCAGGAUCCAGAAGAUACCUCCGAAUUGCAGGAUGCUUCGAAGAAUGGCCCACUUUGUCCCGGCGCUGGCGAUUCAGUCGGGGAUGAGAAGGAGGAGGAUUGUUUAUAUCUUAAUGUUUAUAAACCGACGAAUGCGUCCUCGAAUUCUAGUCUGCCGGUCUGGGUUUUUAUACAGGGCGGUGGGUAUGCUAAUAACGCCAACGGCAAUUAUAACGGCAGCGAUGUCGUUAAACAUUCUGGGCAUGAUAUUGUCUUCGUCAACUUCAACUAUCGUGUCGGUGCACUCGGGUUUCUUGCUGGCGAGGAGGUUCGGAAGAACGGUGAUCUAAAUGUCGGUCUGCUCGAUCAGCGGAAGGCGUUGCUAUGGGUGCAGAAGUACAUUCAGCUCUUCGGUGGAAAUCCGGAUCAUGUCGUGAUCCAUGGCGACUCGGCUGGUGCUGGUUCUGUCGCGCUUCAUCUCGCCGCGCAUGGUGGUGAGAACAAGAACCUGUUCAUUGGAGCCGUGGCCGAGUCCACUUUCUGGCCGACGCAGCGUACGGUGGGCGAGAUGGAGUUUCAGUACAAGCGCUUCGUCAAGCAAGUUGGCUGCGACGAUGCCGAUGACUCUCUGGCGUGCCUGCGCUCGGCGGAUAUCGACACCCUCCAGAAAUACGAUGUCGACGAGCCUUUCCCCGGUGGAAGCAGCACUCCCAAACCGCUUUGGUAUUUCCUGCCUGUGGUCGACGGCGAUCUCGUGAGCGACCGUCUAUACAACUCAUUCAUGCAAGACAAGAUCGUCCACGUCCCACUGAUCGUCACGGACGAUACCAACGAAGGAACCCUCUUCGCAUACAACGCCAGCACCGCCGACGAAGUCUCGCAGUUCAUGAAAAACAACUACCCAAAACUCAACGAGGCCCAGCUGCGCGGGAUCAACAAGGUGUACCCGCUGAUGGACCCCUUGCCAAAACACGCAGCAUACUUCCCCUCCGCUGCCGCAGCAUACGGCGAAGCAACCUUUACCUGCCCCGGAAAUCUAAUGACCGCCAGCAUGGCGAGUUAUUUUUCCUCUGACAAGGUCUGGAACUACCGCUUCAACAUCCAAGACCCGACCAACAUCGCCGCCGGCAAGGGCGUUCCGCAUGUCCUGGAUCUACCCGCGAUUUUCGGGCUCGGACAGACAAACUCGCCCUCCCUAUCUUUCGCGAAUAUCAACCAGAUGAUCAUCCCGAUCACGAUGGACUAUUAUCUCAGUUUCAUCAAAACGCUCAAUCCGAAUACCCUCCGUAACGCGAAUGCGCCCGUCUGGGAGACCUGGGGAAAUGGGACAGGACAGCGUCUGAAGCUGCAGACCAACAAAACUGAAAUGGAGGAGGUGCCCCGGGCGCAGAGGGAGCGAUGUACGAUGUGGAAGAAGUUUGCAGCGGAUUUGGAGCAUUAG